AUGUAUUUAUGCAAAAGUAACCCUUCAUUUUUUUACAAAUCCCAUUUUUCUUUAUCAUUUUCUCUCCUUUUUUCCUCUUCCUCGACCGAAAAGAAAGUGAAAAAUGAUCUUACAGUGUAUGAUUUCCUGCUACACAAACACCAAUUUUCUCCUGAAACAGCUUCACAAGUUGCCUCUGUUUUAACCCGUAUAAAGAAUCCGGAAAAAUCUGAUUCAAUAUUAUCAUUCCUCAAGGAGAGUGGUUUUUCAAAGAGUCAGUUGGAGAGAGUCGUGAAGACAAAGCCUGGUUUGCUUGGUGCAAGUCUUGAGAAAACCAUCAAGCCCAAAUUCAAGAUUUUCCAAGAUUUGGGCUUUUCUGCCGAAGACAUUGCUGAGAUUAUCUCAAACGAUCCAGCAAAUUUGCAUCGAAGUGCAGAUAGUAGGGUCAGACCGUCGUUAGCGGUUUUGAAAAGAUUAUUGGGAUCUAGUGCAGAGAACAGAGUUACGGCAAAACAUGGCUGCAAUUUGCAUUUUGGGCUUCAUCUAUUUUUCAAUUUGUCAUUUCUCAUGAAAGAUGAAAUGGAUUCCUUAGGUUCUGCGACAAAUUCAGGGCCCAACAAAUGA